CUGCUCCUCCCCUCCUGCCUUGCUUAUUAUCCUCAGACUCCGAGCUGCGCUCCGUCCUCGCCAAGUGAUGCUACUCGGCGGCGCACAUCCCUGCUUCGUCGAUGCAGAGAGGACCGCCAAGGUUUGUUUUCUUCGGAGGAAAAACGCGCACUGAGCGGCCGAACAUGGGAAUCUAUUAGGGGGGUUAUGAGAGAGUGAGCCGGAGGAAGGAAGAAAGGAAGGACGACAAGGAGGCGCAGAGGUCCCAUCAGAGAGCGGUGAAAGACUUGGAGGAACAGGGGGAGGAGGGAGGACUCCCUGGACGCAGGAUGGUUUAUCAGCCUCAAACAGUUUGAUCAGGAUUUUUGCGUUUGUGCGUUUGGGGUUAAAUACUCGAAAGGGCAGAUCGGAGUUACCUGGAUCCAUAUCUGUUUGUGAUGGAGUGAGAAAAAGAGCUCAUUGUAAGUUCGGAUCCGCCAUGAAAUCAGUGUUUUUCAGUCGUUUCUUUAUUCUCUUGCCCUGGGUCCUUAUUGUCAUCAUAAUGAUCGACAUCGACAGUAAGAGGGCGAUCCGGGCUCCGGUGCCUGGGCGCACGGGCAAGGCGCAGCGGAUCCCCCGUGGUGGCUCAAUUGGAGCCAGUGGAGCCCAGAACCAGUCAUCUCUCCCCAUCAUCUACGCAAUCACCCCCACCUACAGCCGGCCGGUGCAGAAAGCGGAGCUGACCCGGCUGGCCCACGCGUUCCGCCAAGUGCCCCGGCUUCACUGGAUCGUUGUGGAGGACUCGACCUCGCGCACCGACCUGGUGACGCGCUUUCUGGCCCGUUGCGGAGUGACAUACACACACCUGCACGUGUUCACUCCCCGCAGGUUCAAGCGCACCGGGAUGCCACGCGCCACCGAGCAGAGGAACGCGGCUCUCGCGUGGCUCCGGCAGCACAGGAGCAGGAGGGACUCCGGGGUGGUUUUCUUCGCGGAUGACGACAACACGUACAGCCUGGAGCUGUUCGAGGAGAUGCGCAGCACUCGAGGUGUUUCUGUUUGGCCCGUGGGGUUUGUGGGUGGCCGAUCAUAUGAGCGCCCCCUGGUGUCCGGGGGGAAAGUUGUUGGCUGGUACACUGGCUGGAGACCAGACAGACCCUUUGCUACAGACAUGGCAGGCUUUGCGGUGAAUCUCCAGGUGAUCCUUUCCAACCCGCGGGCGCUGUUCAAGAGGCGGGGGUCUCAGCCCGGGAUGCAGGAAUCUGACUUCCUGAAGCAGAUCACCAAGGUUUCUGAGCUGGAGCCCAAGGCCAACAACUGCACACGGGUGCUGGUUUGGCACACUCGCACAGAGAAACCACACCUGGCAAAUGAGCCCAAACUUAAGAAGGACACUGUGGACAUCGAGGUGUGACUGCAGCCGUGCGUCACGCCUCAGCAUUACAUCCUGAAUGGAGGGGCAAAGACUCUUAGGAUCUGCAUGAUUCAUGACUCUCUGCUGUUCAUCCAAAUAAUUCCUUGGGGGAACUGGACUCAUUUAAGAGAACUGGAACAUCUUGGACCAUUUGUUUUCUUCCAUCUGCUUCCUGCUGAUGUAAAUACAAAAGUAAAUGUAAUAUAUUGCGCUGCUGAACAGAGUGCCAUAUGUGUCUCUUUUAAUCAUUGUGUUGUCAAAUUGACUGUGGGACGAUGUAUGAAAAGGUCAUUUAGAUUAGGGCUGGGCGAUAUGAAGAAAAUCCUAUAUCGCAAUGUAUUUGGGCUAUAUCGUGAUAUACGAUAUAUAUCACUAUAUGUUUAAAUUACCUGCAUAAACAGUAGAGUGCAUAAAAUUGCACUGAUAUACUCAUUCAGACUUUUGGUUUCAAAUUUAAAACAUUUUAUUUUAACCAGCGGAAAGCUUUUCACUAAUAACUCUGCCACAUUAUGUAUUUGGGUGUCAGUAUUAGAUCUUUAGCAAGAUCCUAGCAACCAAAGAGGAUACAAUGCAAAAACGGUCUUUGGUAUAUAAUUUAAAAAAAAAAUUCAGAAUGAACAAAGAAAUUGACCUUAAAUUAGUAAAAAGAAAGUGGAAAUACUGUUCAAAAAAUUAGAGCAAAAUCAGACCAUCUCGAAACUAUUUGCAUUGACCUUUAGGUGCUGGGAAUUUUAAAGGGCACAAAAAGUUGUAAAAUUGAGAAUAUUGCAAAGUUUAGAGAACGGCUGCAAAACUUCUGAACAAGACCACAUCACAUCACAGGUAGAGUAUCUAAAAAACAUUAAAAUAUGUAAUAAAUAGCGUCAGUGAUUUCCCUUUUUUCUCUCAUAUAGAAUUGCUUUUUCAAAUGAUGAGCCACUUCACAGCUGAUUUAUUUAACAUUUGAGCUGGUGGGAGAUGCUGACAUGCAGAGUUUACAACAUUGUUCAUUUUGCAGCGGAUGACUUUUCAGGUGUUGGAAUAAAUUUGUACUCCUACCUUUUGCAGCAAUGGUUUUUGCGUCAUUUCUUACAAAUUAGCGCCUUUUGUUCGACGACCUUUGCAUGAAAUCCAAACCAUUGCCAUAUAUUACUUAGCUGAAACACUUGCUGUCGCCAUAUUUCCUUUACGGGUUGCUGUAGUCUGCAUUCCACGCAGAAAAUAAUCCCCUUUGGAGGAGGGUUUUAUGAUGCACUCAAAGUGUGUGGGGAAAAAUAAAACUCAGUGAAAUAGAAGCAGAGAGCUUAAAGUCGUUAUGAAAAUUUGUACUAGAUGGUUGCAAUAGUCAUUUUAACUAUGGUGCGUGGAAAAACUUGAGAUAUAUUGAGUAUAUUCGAUAUAUCGCCCACCCCUAAUUCAGAAAAUCUGUGAUUGCUUACUUUGAUCAUGUAAAAGCUGGUGUUUUCUGUUUUGGAAACUGCUGUUAAUAAAACAUGCUCAGUUUCAUUCCCCU